CCGAAGGCAGAUGCUUAACCAGCUGAGCCACCCAGGUGUCCCUAGAGUAGGUUUCAGUGUGAAUUUUUUGAGCUGAACUAGGUGUCGAAGAGCAGAGCCUAGCACAGAAUACAUGAAUACAUGCUCAAUUUUAGCAAAAUGGAAUUGUUAAAAAAAAGAAUGGAAUUGCUCAGAGAACUUUUGGCUGUUUAGCAAUAGUAAAAGGAACUCAAACUGGCUUCACCACCACAGCAAAAAAUACACGCUCAGUGAAGGCCUGUUGAAUGGCGCUCACACUGACCCCCACCGUCCCCGCAGGCACCGCCUGCUAGCCACCCCGUCUGUCCAUUGCCCUCCCACCUCUAGCUCUGCCUCGGCUGUCCUCUGCUCCUUCCAGCAAGAUGUUCUUAACUGCUUGUCCUCCUCCUGCUACCAGGAGGCCGCUGCUGCUGCGAUUGCCCCCGUUAUGCCAGAGGAACCUGAUGUCCCUGCUGAUGGCUGUCCGGCCAUCGCUGCCCGAGAGUGGCCUACUCCCGGUGCUGCAGGUUGCACAACAAGCCCAGAGCCGAGGCGCCGACGCCUGGCUCCGGGCCCUGGGGCAGUUGCUGCAGAGGGACCUGAGCGCAGGGGUAGCGAUUGAGGGAGCGUCCCCGCUGUCUACACACUGCCGGAGACAGCUCCAGGGCCUGUGUGGGCGGCUGCGCCAGGGAGGCAGGGGGCUGAAGUUAGCCCAGGCUCCCGUUCCCGAAGAGGAAGAAGAGGAGAAGAAGGAGGACGAGGACUCCCCGUGGCCUGGGAAACGCAGAAAGGGGCCAGAGGAAGAGCCUGCCAGUCCUGAGGGCCAGAGGGCCCCCAAAAGGUUCCGACGUUUGGAAAGGGAAGGGGAAGAAGGUCAGGAGGAGGAGAGACGUGAAUCUGAAUCUUUGGAGACCCAGGCAGAUGGAGGAGGUGCCUCACCCAUUAAGAACCAGCCUGUCAGAGCCGAGCCCAGGGAAGCUGGUCAGAGUCUGGAGGAGGCUCAGGGCCUGGCCGAGAAUUUGGAGUUGCCCAAAGCUGUCCAGGAUUGCCAGGCAAGAAGAGAAGGUCCAGAACUGUCCUGUGGAGGGUGUGGAAUCGUGCCAGCCUCCAGCCAGUCCUCCCAACCCAUUAAGGACCAGCUUCCCAGGCUGCAGCAGCUGCUCAAGACCUUCGGGGAGGGGUUGGAGGGCGCCCCCCCGCCCGAGCUGCAGCUUCUCCACGAAUGCAAUCCCAGCCAGAUGGACCUGCUGUGUGCCCAGCUGCAGCUCCCGCAGCUCUCGGACCCAGCUCUCCUGCAGUUCUGCACCUGGCUCCUGUCCGUUUCACCAGAUCUUAGCCUUAGCAAUGCGACCGUUCUGACCAAGAGCCUCUUCCUUAGACGGAUUCUCUCCCUGACUUCCUCAGCCUCCCGCCUGCUCAUGACUGCCCUGACCUCCUUCUGUGCCAAGUAUGCCUAUCCUGUCUGGAAAGCCCUUCUUGGCCCCGUGCUCCAGGCCCCAGGAACAGGUCCAGCUCAAACAGAGUUACUGUGUUGCCUUCUGAGGGAUGAGGCCCUGGAGCCAGACAUGCAGCUUCUAAUGCUGGGACGGAUCUUGGAGCUGCCCUGGAAAGAGGACACUUUCUUGGUGUUGCAGUCACUGCUGGAGCGGCGGGUGGAGAUGACCCCUGAGAAGUUCAGUGUGUUGAUGGAGAAGCUCUGUAAAGAGGGGCCAGCAGCCACCACGUCUGUGGCCUAUGCCAAGCUCAUGCUGACGGUGAUGACCAAGUACCAGGCCAAUAUCACUGAGAUCCAGAGGCAGGGCCUGGCCACAGCCCUAGAGCUCAACACCACUUUCCUGAGGAAGUCCCUGAAGGCCGCCCUGAGACAUCUGGCCCCCUGACCAUGCACUAAGGGACCACACUCCUGGAGCUCCCUCACCAGCUGCCUGAAGGAUACUUCUGCCCUCAGCACCUCACCCUGACCCCUUGCCUGGGGGUAAAGGCUGAGGUCCGCUGCCUCCCUGCUCCAGGACGCAGAGAGGACAUCAUGGCCUCCCAGCCAGCAGGGAAGGUCCUGGGCUAAGCAGCCUUGAUGAGCUUUAUUUCCAAGGGAUGCUGACCUUGGGCUCACUCCUUGUCAUUUUUACUUCAGACUGUGGGGACAGAAACUUUCAGAAAGGCCUCAGUAGGGUCAGAGCAGACCUAGGUAGAUGAAUGAUGCUUCAGGAUCCCUGAGGUGACCUGUGUCCUCAGCACAAAUAUCUUGCACCCAAGUGUAUGUUAUGACCCUCUGUGUUCUGACUUGGAUAAUAAUUUAUUAAAAAGCAGGUAUUUAAUAAAAA